AAAAAAGAAUAAUACAUCGUUUUCCUGAUGCAUUGCCCCGUCAAGCUGUUCUCAUACAUUUGAUUCUAUACUCUACGGUAUGAUAAUUAUAAGCUUGUUGACAACUCUGGAUCUUUCCUUCAUUUGGAAGAAACACAAGGAUUAUGGGUAGCAUAACAGAAGAACAAUUGUUUCAUCAGAGGAUCAUAGAUUUCACUGAAUUAAGGCCGCCAGCCUCUCCCAUCUCAGCUCCAUCUUCAAAACCUCUGUCUCCCAUGGAUCACCCCCCAUAUCUCACCUUACUGCAGGAGAUACUUGGAAGGGCCACAGAGGAUGAGGUUAAGGUCUGUGAGAAAAUAUUGAGAGAUGUCGAAAUGGCAUGGGAACCUACUAAUCUGAAUAAAUGGUUAGUGACAACACUGAAAAUGGAUGGUUAUGAAGCUUCUCUCUGCAAAACUUCGUGGGUUUCCACUUUUGGUCUCUCCAAAUGUCCUCCAAAGUUUUGGAAUUCACAGGUCAUUCAUCAUUAUGAAUAUAUUGAUGUGAUGGUGAGAGAUAAAAGUAGUGGGAGAGCAACGAGGCUGAUUGUAGAUAUGGACUUUAGGUCACAGUUUGAGGUGGCAAGGGCUACAGCGGCCUACAAGGAGCUCACCAACGCUAUCCCUUCAGUGUUUGUUGGGAGUGAAGAAAGACUCAACAAGAUAAUCUCUCUGCUUUGCUCAGCUGCAAAGCGAUCGCUGAGAGAGAGUCGCCUCCACGUUCCUCCCUGGAGAAAAGCCACCUACAUGAAGGCCAAAUGGCUUUCCAAAGACUGCAAGAAAGUCUCCGCCUCACCCAACAUGGAUUUGGGUGUCGUGGGUUGACUGAGUCAAUGAAGAAUUAACCAACUACUUAUAAUUAACACACUGUGAUCACUGAUCUGAAUAUGGAGGCUUUUUUACCCUUUCAAGUGAAUUUGGACUUUUGAGUUUAUUUUGUUUGGGAAGACCUCAGUUUUUAGUUUUAGGUCUUUUUCUCUUUCAGUUUGUAUGGUUUUUGAAUAGCAGCUAUAUAGCAAUGGAUAUAUAACAGGAGACCAUAAUAACUCUAUCCAUAAAAAUUCCUGGCCAUAGAAUCUGCUGCUGAUGAUGGAGUCUAUAUAAUAUUCUCUUGUCCUUGAAGGGAUGCCUUAGUGUGAUACUUGCUAUUCAAAUU